UGUGUUGAAAAGUGAAAACCUACGGAAGUAAUAUAUUGCGGACGGGUGCUUCUACAAACUGGUUCCGGGUGUCAACAGUUUAGUAGCGUUAGUGUUAGCUAAGACGCAAUUGCCAGUUCGCAUCCAACAACAGAGUGAAUUAACAUCUGUGGAUCAGUAUGGAUGGCGAAGAAAGAACCUAUGGGGGCUGUGAAGGUCCAGAUGCCAUGUAUGUGAAGUUGAUUUCAUCAGAUGGCCACGAAUUUAUUGUGAAACGAGAGCAUGCCUUGACAUCUGGAACUAUCAAAGCCAUGUUAAGUGGCCCAGGCCAGUUUGCUGAAAACGAAACCAAUGAAGUGAACUUCAGGGAGAUUCCUUCCCAUGUCCUGUCGAAGGUUUGCAUGUAUUUUACCUACAAGGUCCGUUACACCAACAGUUCCACAGAAAUACCUGAAUUCCCAAUCGCACCAGAGAUCGCACUGGAACUGCUCAUGGCUGCAAACUUUUUGGAUUGCUAAAGAAGCCUGGAUUAUGUAGAAGCUUAAAACUGUUUUAGAUUUUUUUUUCUGAAAUAUUUAACUUGUUUUGUCAUUUACUUAACAUGAAACACAACUAGUAAGGAUUGUUUUUCUUCUGCACCAAGAGUUCUGUCAUAAUUUUAUUCACAUGGAAGCAUUUCAUUUUAAUAUAAAACAUGUAUGACCAGCUGCAAACCUUCCCUGAGAAUGUAAUUAAUGUAACCUCCCCCAGUAUUUUUUUUUCACUUCUCCAUAAUAAAGAUAAAUGUGGUGGGUGCAUUGUUGCCAGUUACUACCUUGUUCAAUAUGAAGUACAUCCGACUUUAAACACAACUACAGAAACAACCUUUUUCUAAUGUGUUUGUUUUGGUUUAGAGCAAAACAUUAUAAAAUUAGAGUUCAGUCUAGCUAAUUGUAAUAGGCAUCCAAAGUGUCUGGUACUUUUGUCAUGUACACUGGAACAUUGUUUUCACUUCAUUAUGACAAUUUAUUAGAACAUAACUGUAAUCGCUUAUGCUGCAAGCUCUUCCAAAAUAAAUUGAAAUCGAUUUAGGGAAACUGACAACGGCUUUUGGAUUUUUAAUGAUUGUGACAUAGUGUUGAAUUCGAUUAACUGUGAACAAAACAAUAGUUAGUCAGGAUGUAUGUCUGUGUUCCUGAUGAAUCUGGCUGACCAUGAAUGGGUUUGUGGUCAGUUAGUAGAUCUGAUAACAGAUGUAUAUAUGUAUUUCAACAAAUGUUCAAUGUAUUAACACAUGGCUGCAUGAGAUGUUGGAAUGCUUUUACGGCGAAUGUGAGCAAUCCUCUAACAGCUGGGAGCUCAUAUGUUAUCUACAUGUAUCAUUUUUUACAGUGUGAUGGUUUUUGUUUUUGUAGUUUGAAGGCUCUGGAAUUUUGGAUCAGUAUGAAUAAAAUGUUCUAAACUUUUGGGAGUGAUAAAUGAUUACGCUCCCAGUGCUUUAAUCUUAAAAUGGAAUAAAAAUGUUUUAAACAUA